AAGUACUGCCUAGGAUUGUGUGAAUUGUAAUCCUCUGUAAUACCGCAAGCGCCAUUCUAACCUCUGUCAGCAUCCAGUGAAUGCUGUGGACGGAUGUGCAAUCCCGUAAUGGCAAAAGGGAGGUAUUUUCCCUCAUCAAUGAUGGGCGCCAUUCAACUGCGACCCCCCCUCUUCCUACCGGUGACUGGAAAUGACGUCUAAAUGCGUCGCCCCGAGGAUUGUAAUUCUGGAACCUGCGGUUUGAGAAUAAAUACUCAAGAUGAGCGUCGACAAGGAACAACCUUCAACGUCCGAAAAGAAAAUCAUCUUUUGUGAGGUAUGCAAAGUUGCAUGCGUGAGCGAAGACGGCCUUCAUCUACACAAUGAGAGUGAACGGCAUAAGAGGAUGGAAGAAUUCACUUUUGGUGGAAAUAUGUUCUAUAAAAGUUUGGAAGACUUUAUUGCUUGUCCUACAAGAAAGGAACCCGUUAUUGGUUUGCAGUACUUAAUGCAACAGCAUCCAAAUCAGAAUCAUCCUAAAGCCUUUAUGUGUAGCAUGUGUGAAAAGGUCGGAAAGCUAUCUCAUAUGAUAAAGCAUUUAAAAAGCUACAGGCAUAGACUUAAUUAUAUGGGCAGACAUUACAAAGACUUAUUUCCCUUGUUUAAAAAGUACACACCAUAUUACAAAAGGGAACUUAAAGUUAGAGAUCAUGCCAGUGAAAUUGAACGCAAGGAAGCAUCAAGUAAAACACAAAUCUCAACAACAGAAUCACAAGAAGGGGAAAUCAAGAAUGAUUAUUUAAAAUACCUUGUAAAGCGGCAUAAAGAGUUGAAUACUUGGAAUAAAAAGGCGUUCAUUCUCAAUGAGCACAAAAAGCAAGUUUUGCAGUUUAUGGAAACGUUUGCAGUUGCAUCACAGAAAGAAGCCACAUGGGUGCAGAAGCUUGCAGAAGACAUGGAAGAUGCAAUGCGUGUGUUUCGUCUCAACUUCAACAAGAGCCAGGUAGGUGUUGCCCCCCCCACUAUCUGACCAAAGAAGGGGAGCUGUCGCCAUCAUAGCUUUUAGCAGAUGUUCUGCUGCUCUGCAUUGGAGAACAUUCUGUGUACUGCAUAUAAACCGGACUGGGAAAAAACGGAACUAAGGGACACCCGUGCAAACCUUUAUGUAGAUUUUACUGCUCUUCUGUUUCAAGUAACAAA